CAAUAAGAAGAAGCAACAACCCGCGCAAAACAGCUGAUUUUGUUAUCUGGUCCGCACUUUGAUCGGCCUUUGGAUGAAAUAUGUUAAAGUCAACAUUCCAUUAGCCCCGUCAGCAUGGACUUUCGGAAUGCCCGUGCCCGGCAGCCGGAGAUCGUGAGAUCCGUGCAGAAGGAUGCCCGGUACACCAACGAGCUGGCUGAGGAUUUCUCCGAUGUCCUGCGCCUCACUGGUCCGCGGAACUGGAUAAAGUACAACCAGAUGUGCAGGCUGCUGGCGGAGCUGAGUUACCAUGGAUUCGCCUCGGCCAAUAGCCUCCAGACGCUGGGCGAGGAAUACACGGGUAUCAUUCAAGUGGACGGUAACUACAAGCAGAUCCCCAGCAGAUUGCUUCAACUCAUAGCUAUUGUCCUGGAGUUUGGUGGCGACUCCCUGUUCCAGCGACUGCUGCAAAAAGUGGACGCAUAUGUGGCAAACCACGAGGAGAUCCGACCAGAGGCCAAACCGCAACUCAAGAAGAUCAUACAAAGGCUGAGGCAAUCUCCCAGCUAUGUCAAGGCUCUGCACAAAUCACUUUUCUACUUGGACGCCAGCAAGUACCAGCUGUCCAAGCGCACCACAGGCAUCAACUACGUACUCAUUCGCCACUGGCUGCAGCCGGAAUUCUCGCUGUACGGUUACAAGAUCCUGGGUGUCAUCACAUUCCUGCAGGUCAGCUUUUCGCUGGCCAUCAGUGGCUGGGACGCCUGGCGGGAGCACAAGCGCCAACAGCUGGAAGCUAUUAAGCAGACCGGAAAGAAGUUCCUGCAACGAGGAUCGAGUGUAAGGCACGCAGAUCCAGAUGCCCCACAGUGCAUCCUUUGCCUGGAACCACGCUCUAACAGCAGUUUGACUCCCUGCGGGCACAUCUUCUGUUGGAGCUGCCUGCUCGAAUGGCUGGAGGAGCGGGAUGAAUGCCCCUUGUGCCGGGAGUCACUGAAAAAGUCACAAGUGAUACCGCUACAGAACUAUGCCUAAGAUUGAAUUAAGAUUGCCACUGAUUUGUAUAGCCU